AAUUCCCCCAUUUUGCAAAUUCUACCCUCUAACGGGGAUUCAGGGGAUUCGCACACCACAGCACCAAUCCACGAAUCGGAGCUACACCCUCUUCUCCUUUUGACGAUCUCCCUCUGAUCUCUCUCUCACGCACACUGUGUCAUAAAAGCUGUAAAAUAUGUUGAAGUGAAGAUCACAAAUAACAAUCUUAACCUUUGGCAUAAUGAGAAUAGUCCCCUUUGGUAGCUUUGUUCGCUUGGUUAAAUCGGCAAGCAAUAGGGACCAUGAACUGGCUUUAGGUAAAACCAAUUUUGAACUUUACUGUAGAUGCAGGACUUGGUGAAGACUCAUGUCAGCUCCUAAUGAGGAAAACUUGUCGUCACAUUCCCAGCUCUCAUCUCAUUUCUUCGCGGAUCUCCUUGAUUCCAUUAUAGUCGAUGUAGCAUCAGAGUGUCACAGAGUAGCAAGGUUGGGCCUUGAUUCUAAUUUGGAAGAAGAAGAUGAAGAAUUGAAGUUGUCUGCACAAGCUAGGGUAAAGGUUGCCGAUCCUAGCAAUAGUAAUGAAGCAAAUGGCAAGUAUGUGGUUGACAUAUUCGGACAAAGUCAUCCUUCCGUGGCAAGUGAAAUAUUCGAAUGCAUGAAUUGCGGCCGAUCCAUCAUGGCCGGAAGGUUCGCCCCUCAUUUGGAGAAGUGCAUGGGGAAGGGUAGGAAGGCUCGUCUCAAAGUAACAAGAAGCAGCACGGCCGCUGCCGCGCAGAACAACCGGUACUCCCGAGGCAGUCCUGUUUCUACAUACUCACCAUAUUCAAAUCACUCUAGCAAUAACAGCAUGAACCGGUUGCCAAAUGGAACCUCCAAUUUUGCAGGUGAGGAGCACUCAAAUGGGACAUUCGAGCCGUGACGAAGUGAGUGAGCAUGGAGCAGUGAUGUGGCAAUGGCUGGCAGGCAUGCAUGCAUGCAUGGAUUCAGGCUUCCAUAUCAGCAGUAUCAUCAUCAUCAUCAUCAACUUGGCUUUGCUGGAACACAGCAUCAUGAUGAUGUAUACGGAGAAAAGGAAAAAGAAAAUGGUACUUGUAAUUUAUAUUGGAACUAAGCAAUGACAAUUUUAUGGUAAUAAAACAUGGCUCGUAGUUUAGUUAAUGUAUGGAGAAAUUAAUAGAUUGUGAUGAUUCUGGAUUACUGGUGUCUGGUAAAGCAAUUGAUCAAUAAUAGCCCGUA